CCCAUGCAAAGCUGCACUUCCUUAGACUGGGUGACGUCGGGCGGGGAGAAGAGGAAGAGGGAGAGAAGGAGGAGAAAGGGAAGAGAAAUUAAAGAGCGGGAGGGAAGAACGGGCGGUGGAAGGGAGCGGAGAGUGGCGGCGGCGUGACCGGGGAGCGGGGACCGGGUUUGUGAGCAGAGUGGCGGCGAGCGAGAGGAGCCCGGGACCGGCUUCGGCGCCGCUCCGCUCCGGCCGGAUUCUGGCCGGCUGCAGCCCCGCCAUGGCAGCCAACAUGUACCGGGUCGGAGACUGUGUCUUCUUUGAAAAUUCUUCAAGUAAUCCAUUCUUGAUAAGGAGAAUCGAGGAGCUGAACAAGACUGUUAAUGGCAAUGUGGAGGCAAAAUGUGUGUGUUUCUACCGGAGACGAGACAUUUCGAGCAGUCUCAUCGCACUCGCCGACAAACAUGCAAAGGAAGUAGAAGAGGAGAUGGAAAAUGGAGAACUGCAGGAACUCUCUGAGAACGAGCGGCACCAGCUGAAACAUCGUGAGCUUUUCCUGUCACGGCAGCUAGAGUCCUUACCAGCAACUCACAUCAGGGGUAAGUGCAGCGUAACACUGCUAAAUGAAACAGAGUUGCUUUUGUCCUAUCUGGAGCGUGAGGACACAUUUUUUUAUUCACUUGUCUAUGAUCCACAACUGAAGACUCUUCUGGCAGAUAAGGGAGAGAUUCGAGUCGGCCCCCAAUACCAGGCGGACAUUACAGACCUACUAAAAGAAGGAGAGGAAGAUGGAAGAGAUCAGUCUGAAAUGGAGGCCAAGGUCUGGGACGGGGACACUCCACUGACAGACAAACAGAUUGACCAGUUCCUCGUCGUUGCUCGUUCUGUCGGAACGUUUGCCCGUGCUUUGGACUGCAGUAGUUCGGUGAGACAGCCCAGCUUACAUAUGAGUGCAGCAGCCGCAUCCAGGGAUAUCACCCAGUUUCAUGCCAUGGACACCCUGUACAAAAGCACCUACGAGGUCUCGCAGGCCAUCUCUGCGCUGGUCCCCCAGGGUGGUCCGGUGCUUUGUCGGGAUGAAAUGGAGGAAUGGUCUGCUUCGGAGGCCAACCUGUUUGAAGAAGCGCUGGAGAAGUACGGGAAAGACUUUGAAGACAUUCAGCAGGAUUUUUUACCCUGGAAGUCAUUAACCAGCAUUGUAGAGUAUUACUACAUGUGGAAGACCACUGACCGAUACGUGCAGCAGAAACGGCUAAAAGCGGCUGAAGCAGAGAGCAAACUCAAGCAAGUGUACAUCCCUAAUUAUAAUAAGCCAAACCCAAACCAGAUCAAUGGAACGAAUGCAAAGGCUGGAGCAAUGAAUGGAGGCAGCGUGCUGGCACCAAAUGGGACAGUAGCAGUGCUGGGACCUGGGCGAGCAUGCGAGAGCUGCUUCACCACACAGUCGUACCAGUGGUACUCCUGGGGCCCCCCCAACAUGCAGUGCCGUCUCUGUGCAGCCUGCUGGGCCUACUGGAAGAAGUACGGUGGACUGAAAAUGCCAACCCGACUGGAUGGAGAAAGGCCGGGACCACACCGGAAUAACCUGAGCGCCCAUGGCACACUGACGAGGAAUAGCAGCAGCCCCAAAUUUGCCGUGAAGACACGACAGGCUUUUUACCUGCACACAACCAAGCUGACGAGAAUAGCCCGGCGCUUGUGUCAAGACAUUCUUCAGCAGGCAGCACGACACCCGUAUGUGCCAAUUAACAGUGCAGCCAUCAAGGCAGAGUGUGAGUACCCAGGUACAUUGCGAUUACCGGAAGCAGAAAAUCAAACGAUAGGGCUGAAACGAGCUGUUAGAAAACCCUUGGAAACAAUUGUGGAAUACUUAGAAGCUCAUCCAUGCCCUAAACAGGACCGUGCUCAGGCUAGUCUGCACAUCAGCAACGUGACACCUGCCAAGAUGAUGCCCAUCUUAAACCACAGCUCUCCAACUAUCCUGGGCAAGCGUAGCUACGAGCAGCACAAUGGUAUCGACGGGAAUACGAAGAAACGUUUGCUGAUGCCUUAUAAGGGUAUGAUGAACCACACGCAAGGGAGACAGAUGGGACCUGCUCGAAACUCUAUGGUCAAUGGGAGAUCUAACCCGGCCAGUAUCAGAGCUCCACGAGCAGGUGUGGUGCCACCAGUGAAGUGUAGGCAGCUGAACAGGAUCGAUGCCCCUGGUGACGUCUUUUUCAUGGCAACUGAUGAAACCAGGAAGAUCCGCAAGUUACUUACUUCCUUUGAGCGGAGGCGGAGUGGGAGACGGCCCCAAGCACAAAUCUUUGUUGAGCAGCACACCCUGGACCGUGUGAGAGGCCCCAAGCCUCCUACCAGCAAUGAGCCCAUUGUCAUUGAAGAUUAACAGCCACUUCCCUGUACUUCAUUUGACCACGAUGCUUUAAUCCAGUGGAAAGGGAACUUUAUUUGUCUUUUUCCAUAUAUAAAAAAAUAUUUCAAAUGA